CCAUCCAAGUACUCAUUACACUUUUCUCUAUCUCUUUCUCUCUCUCAAUACAUCAUAUUGGAACACAAUGAAGUCAAGAUUUUUGAAAGGGUGUAUUAACAAAUGCAAGAAAGUGGGAAGUGUAGUAAAAACUUGUGCUACUUGUGAAGAUUGUUGUGAAAGGGGUUUAUGGUCUUCUAUUCAUGAAAGUAGCUCCAUACCAAGUGAUGUUCCAAAAGGUCACAUGGUUGUAUACAUAGGUGAGAAUCACAAGAGAUAUGUGAUUAAAAUUGCAUUGCUUCAUCAUCCACUUUUCAAGGCCUUGUUGGAUCAAGCUCAAGAAGAGUAUGAUUUCAUUGCUGAUUCAAAACUAUGUAUUCCUUGUGAUGAACAUCUUUUCCUAAGUGUCCUUCGUUGUGCUAGUUCUCCACAGAAUCAAAGGGUGUGUUUGUGUCUUUGA